CAGGCUUGCUGAGGGGGAGAGUAGUUGAGUUUCACAUCUCUAGAAGUUAUUACGCAAUAGCAUCUGUAUAUAAGGCCAAACCUGGCAGAGACCUAAGGAUCUCUGACAGCUGCCCACUUCUUUGUGCUCCCUCUGUGGUAGAAUGUUGCGGUACGUCGUGGCCCUCUGUCUCCUGGCGGUGUCCUGGGCGCAGGACUGUCAGGUGGCAAACAUCCAGGUCAUGCAGAACUUCGACAAGACCAGGUAUGCAGGGACAUGGUAUGCAGUAGCAAAGAAGGACCCAGAGGGCUUGUUCCUACUUGACAACAUUGUGGCCCAGAUUAUUGUUGAUGAAAAUGGCAAAAUGACUGCCACAGCCAGGGGCAGAGUCAUCAUUCUCAAUAAUUGGGAAAUGUGUGCUGAUAUGCUUGCCACCUUUGAUGAAACUCCAAACCCUGCCAAGUUUGGUAUGCAUUACUGGGGAGUAGCAGCCUACCUACAGACUGGAAACGAUGACCACUGGGUGAUUGAUACUGACUACGACAACUACGCCAUCCACUACUCCUGCAGACUAGUGGAUGCUGAUGGCACUUGUCUAGACAGCUAUUCCUUUAUCUUUUCCCGCCAUCCAACUGGCCUGAGGCCGCAGGACCAGGCUGUUGUCACAAGGAAAAAGCAGGAGAUCUGCUUGUUGGGCAAAUACAGACGUGUGGACCACACUGGCUUCUGCGACACCACCAGCAGCUGAUCUGUUAAUACUCAGGAUCCCCCACCCCACCUCACCUCUCUCUGGGACUGUGUGCUCCUCUGCAGGCCGUGGACCACCACCACCAGACCCUUCUUUUCAUUGUGUCUACACAAAGAACGCAACCCAUUCUAAAUAUUAUGAAAUAAAUAAACCAAACUGAAAAAAAACAACACAUUAUACUGUAAAAAACAAGACUGUUGAUCUGGUUGUGUGGUCGAUCUGAAACAUUUGACACGUUUAUGUUUAUGAUCAUCUGCCUCUAAAACCUUUCAUAAAAACCACAGGCUUCUCUGGUAUCAGCAGGAAACAACACAGCAUUUGACUUCAUAGCAAACAUGAGUAUUGCAGCUGAUGAGUUUAAAGACCAUGUUUUCAAUAAAGCAGGUUUAUUAGUGACUGGCUUUUCAUCUAUAUUGAAGGACACACGGUAUCUCGUAGCACAGAAUUAGAUAUAACCUCACUGAAUACAUAUUAAGCUGUGUGCUAUAUAGUACAGUUGUUUGACUGUAUGAUGUAUACUGAUUCUGAUUUUGUUGCAGUACACUUCGCACUGCAUCGGUUCACUCAUUUUUUAUUUUGAAAUAUUUACAAAUACUCAAAGUUUGCAAAUAAGAAUAGCAUGUUUUCCUUAGUCCCGAUUCAGUCAAAAAAUAUUUGAGGGUUUUAUUGUAGAUUUACUGAUCGUUUUAUUAUGUUUUGCUGAUGAUUCCUUCUG